AUGGCCACCCCGCAAGAUAGACACCCGGAACUGUUCCGUCCCGUCAACAGCGAAUCUCCACGAGGAAAGAAGCGAACUGUUCCUUUAGAAUGCCUUUGUCUAGGAUUUAACCGAACAGGUACUGCCUCAAUGUGCAAUGCCCUCGAAAUUCUAGGACUCCCCUGCUGGCACUCUACUCAAUUCAUGUCCAGCAAAUUCGGCGACAUUGAGAUGUGGCAGGAAGCCAUUGAUCGAAAGUUUUUCAACGCACCGGGGACAAAAUACGGACGCGCCGAAUUUGACCAGCUGCUUCAUGACUACGGCGCCGUUUCCUCAGAUACGCCGGCCAUUGCGUUUGCAGACGAUUUGAUAGAAGCCUACCCAGAGGCAAAAGUUAUCCUCGUUGAGCGAGAUAUCGAAUCCUGGUACGAGAGCUGGAUGAACAGCGUGAUCAAGAACACUUACGAUCCCUUCGUGACGGUCAUCUACACCAUCGAUCGGUGGUUCACUCACCCGCUUGGACAUGUGCAUAAGUCCACAUUCCGUGGGUGGCUGGGAAUUGAUAAUCCUGAAGAUGCGAAGCGCGUGAGCAGGGAUAAAUACCGUGAACACUACGCACUUGUGCGGAGGCUUACACCUCCCGAUCGCCUGCUGGAGUACAAGAUCAGCGAUGGAUGGGAGCCUUUAUGCGAGUUUCUAGGAAAGCCUAUACCGGACGUGCCAUUCCCGUUUCUGAACGAGAAAAAGUGGCUGGAUGAGAAGGUUCAAAUUGUAUUGCAGCGCGGGAUGAAGCGCUUGGCGUGGAAGGUGUUACUUUGGAUAUUGGCUCCACUGGUAGCUGUGGGGUUGGUUUUUAAGGCCAAACAGAAUUAG